CGUCCCUCCCCCAGAUCCUCCCAUUCUCCCGUUCUCAUCCUCUCCACAGCGCCCCAACAACAUGUUCAUGUAGCCCAGCCGAAGAGUCAUUUAGCAGCAUCAAGAUGGCGAUAGCGGGACUACAUACCCUUUUCAUCCUCAUCUCAACACAAUGCUGCAUAACAACAUUUGCAGUGAUUCUAAAAAGUCUGGACAAGUCCCCGUGGGCCAGUGAAUUUGAAUCCAUUGAGUUGUCUUGUUUGAUAGAGUCUAUCUCUACAAAAAAUCCUAGAAUUGAGUGGAAAAAGAUAAAGGACGGGGAACCGAGUUAUGUUUACUUUGAGAAACAGAUCAUAGGGGAUCUGGAAAACAGGGCGAGGAUAAUCGAGCCGGCGACUCUGGUGAUUAACAACGCGACGCGGUCAGACACUGCCCAGUACCGCUGUGAGGUCACCGCCGCCAACGACCAGAAAUCUUUCGAUGAGAUUUUAAUCAACCUCGUCGUAAGAGUGAAGCCCGUGGUGCCGCGGUGCAGCGUUCCGCAGUCGGUGCCGGUGGGGAAGACGGCCGAGCUGAGCUGCGUGGAGGAGGAGGGCUUCCCCAAGCCCCAGUACCUGUGGUUCCGCAACGACGAGGAAGUUCCGGAGGACCCCAAGAGCAACCCCAAAUUCCUCAACUCUUCCUACUCUCUGGACCCCAACACUGGGACUCUGACGUUCAGCGCCGUGCGGAAGGAGGACGAGGGGGAGUACUACUGCCGGGCCAAGAACGACGCGGGACACUCGGACUGUGGCCCCCAGACGAUGGAAGUCUAUGACAUAAACGUGCUGGCGAUCGUGGGCGGGGCGCUGGCGGUGGGGUUCGUGCUCCUGUGCGUUAUAGCGGGGGUCUGCUGCGCCUACAAGCGAGGCUACUUUCCCAGCAAAAAGGAGACAGGAAGCGAUUUCAGAGCACCAGAAAGAGGAGAUGGUGUGGACUAUGUCAGAACAGAUGAGGAGGGGGAUUUCCGGCACAAAUCCUCAUUUGUCAUUUGAAGAGAGGACGGAAACGAGAGACCAGGUACAUUUAAGACGGAGGUGUAACACCUCACGGGACUGAACUUCAAACAGGAGACAAUUCAGUUACCAGAGCUGGCUUUAUGCUGUGAAGUACGCUUGCAAUGGAGCUACGUGAGCUUGCCAAAGGUGACAAACACGACCACAAACAGGAAAAAUUCCAACCGUCUCGUCAGAUCCAAAACAACCGGCUCUCCGAAAGACGCGUGCUGUUCCUCGUGCUGUUCCGUCUGCUUGCUGAUUCUGUCCUGAAGAGACACCAUACUUGCCUAAAACGGUCAUUUUUUUUAUUUCCAAUAUGGACGACACGCACCAUAUGACUUUGCACCGAACACCUCCUAGCUUCCAGUGUAUUAUUGUCAUUUAUAUACCAUACAAUUUUUUGUACUGGCAAAAUGUAUUGAACUAUUUUUGAUGGAAUAUAUUUUAAAAUGCCUAUAGAUGAAUGUUUACUUUUUUUAAAGAUUUGUAAAAUAACAGAUUAUGCUCAUUUUUGUUUGUUUUCAAAAAGUAUUGUUAAUAUUUAUAACCAUUUAGUAUUCAGCAUAUAACACUUGCAACUGAAAGAAUACCCAAUGCUAAUAUUUUUUUUUUUAUUAUUAUUUUCUAAAGAUAAAUUCCUGUUACAUAUCAGGGUAUUUAGUUGUUGAUCAACUGUCUUACACACCAUUUUUUUAAACCGCUGAAAUUUUAAUGUUUAGCUUACCAAAAAUGUAAUAUUUUCACAUAGUACAGUAGGUCAAAUAUUUUGUAGGCAGUACAAAAUGCUGAAGUUCAUUGGUUAUAUACUGGUGCUCAUUGUUAAACGGUUGUGGUUGCUUUCCUCCCUCUAAGUGGCCUUUUGUUUGCUGGUAUAUUGUAAGUAUGCAACAUACUGCCCAAGCUGGUAGUUUUAGUCUUCGUCAAAGGAAAUAGCAUCAGAACACAAAGAGAAGGUGAGAGUAGCAACAGUGCUCGUCUUUAAAAAAGCCUUUUGCUAAUUGUAUAGAAGUGUGCAAAGUUGUUUUUUUCCCCCUUGUCUGCAAGCGGACAAAACAGCUAAUUAAAAACCCGGAUAAACCUCAGGCAGCCUAGUAGAAGAAAAUAAGCAUGCAUACUCAGUGUAAAGUGGGUUUUCCUUCGCGUGUGUCUUGUAGCAGGCAGGGAACUUUAUUUACCUUUUUUCAUUCCCCUUGCUGGAUUUCUUUUCCCAAACACCACUUUCAGUAACAAAUGACACAAUACAGAAAAUGCUGUACUGAAAUUCAUGUAUUGUACAUUUCCAUUUUCACGUAACACAAACUUACGCUUUCGUUUUAUAAGGGUAUCCAUUUUGUUUUAUUUUAUUUCGUUUCUGUCGUCCAGUUUUGGAGAAAGCAAUUCAGAAGCCUGUGAUAAAGGUGUGAUAAUCUUUCACCUUCAAUCAUUAAAACGCGUUGUGUGUGGAAAAUACAGUUCAUAGCUGUUGUAUGUUUUUUUUUUUUUUGUUCAUUCCUCUCAAGUGCCUUGUUUGUGGAACUUUCAAGGAUAAAAACAUCUCAGGAAUCUCAAGACAAAAAAGAAAUGAAAAAUCAAAAUGUCUCCACUGAUGUAGUCCCUUGAAAACAUUUACGGAGCAGGCAUUUGAGACUAUUACAGCCUUAUUACAGUAGGCGCAGCCCAGUAGGAUCAAGUGGGCCUCAAGUUACUGAAUAUUUGUUAACUUCGACUUCAAAAUGCUGCCAAUGUACAUGUCUAAAAAUUAUGUUUGUCUAUAAAUCUGUGGAACAGGUGUUUGAGAGGAAUGAUUACAGUCAACAAUCCUUAAAUAUUGUAACUAUAUUGCCAAGGUCAUUUCCCCAAAUAAUAUAUUGGUUUUGAUUACGUUGAAUGGUUGUGUCUGUGAAGUUAAAAACAAAUGCUGGGUUUUCUCGGUCAAUCGCUUUUGCAGUGGUUACAAAUUAAGCAAAUUGUGAGAGCAAGUUCAGUUGAACACACCUUUGCUUUACCGCCCUGAAAUACUGCAAAAAAAUCAAUAUUUUUCUUCAGUCAGAUAUAUCUGUAGGUUUUUUUGCUCUUUUUAAAUCAUUGUAGAGAGGUACUAUGUACUUUGUAUUUUGUUACUCCAUACCCUGAGAAAUGCUUAUGGUCAGAACACCCUGAGGCAUACACUGAUAGUUUUCCCAUGCUCAGCCUUCAUUUGAGUGUCACGAGACACAGAGUGAAUAAAGAACAUUCAGACUUAACCCAUACAUCAUGUACAAUAAAUGAAAAGAUUUAGCAUUCUGUAGAUUUAAAUAAUAAGAGUAUGAUUACCUUUCUCUGUUUUCCAUUAAAAGUGUGCUGGUAUAUAUUGAACAUUGUGGUUUGUCAAACAUUUUUCACAUUUAAUCAGCUUUUUUAUGUUGAUAUAUUUUGAGCAUUGUGGUUUGUCAAACAUUUUCACAUUAAUUCUGAUUUUCAUUUUGUGAAAAUGAAAUUCCUGGGCAAAUAGCGACAGCAGCUUUGGAAGACAUUUCCAGCAUACAGUAUUGCAAACAGUAUCGCAAUUUCACAACCUGCAUACUUGAGGAUCAACUGUGUAUUGCGUGCAACAGUAUUGCGAUUUCUCAGUUAAUAAAACUCUCCUUGGUCGGGACCAAGCA